CAACGAAAAUAAAAUGACAUUUCUAUCCUCUCGUUUUUUCUUUUUCUUUUUUUCAGAAUUUUCUGCUUCUGUUGUCUUCUCUCUAUAUAAUCCGAUCGGAUCUGAUUACAAAAUAGAGAAAUUCUUUUUUUCCUCUAGCUGUCUCUGAUUUUCACAUAAUUCAGUCGAAGCAAUGUAUUGGUUUAGGGUUAGGGUUUUGAAUUUUAUUUUUCAAUUUUUCCAUUGAAAUCUUACAUUCGGCGAUAAUGGCGAAGAUCUUAAUUCCAAUUUUCAUGUUUUCAAUUGACUUUGUUUUCUUAGGUUCGGCAUCGACGGAUUCGAAUAAAUCUGGUGAUUAGAUGGAUAUAUGAUUCCAUCGAACAUUUGAUUCUUCGAAUAAAUCUGGUGAUUGGAUGGAUAUAUGAUUCUGUUGAACAUUUGAUUUUUUAAAAAAAUCUAAUUUGAUUAAUUGAAUUCUACGUGAGAUGGGAUCUCACAUGAACUUCAAGAACAUGGCGGCAGAUGGCAGCAACGGUCGGCCGUCGAUGGGGAAUUACUCUCUAGCCCGGCAGCCGUCCGUCUACUCCUUGACCUUUGACGAGUUCCAGAACUCCCUUGGCGGUCUCGGAAAAGAUUUUGGGUCAAUGAACAUGGAUGAAUUUCUUAAAAACAUCUGGACUGCCGAAGAGACCCAGGUGAUGACGUCGGCAUUUGGGGUGGCCGAGGGUGGGCCGGCUAGCAGUAACCUGCAGAGGCAAGGGUCCUUGACGUUGCCACGGACGCUGAGCCAGAAGACGGUGGAUGAGGUUUGGAGGGAUAUGUUUCGAGAGAAUGGAGGCAGGGAUGGGAAUAAUGGGAAUUCGGGGUUGAAUCUGCCGCAGCGGGAGCCAACACUGGGGGAGAUAACGUUGGAGGAGUUCUUGGUGAGAGCUGGGGUGGUGAGGGAAGAAACCCAAUUGGACGGGAGACCGGAUAACAGUGGGUUCUAUGGAGAAUUAGCGCGUUCGAGUAAUGACGCUGGUUUAGGUCUUGGGUUUCUGGAUACAGGCCGAUCUAAUGGGAUGGCAACGAAUCGGAUCCUAGAGAAUAACAAUAACCAGAUUACAAAUCAGUCACCUAAUCUAGCGAUUAAUGUAAAUGGGAUCAGAUCUUCUCAGCAAACACAACAGCAGCAGCAGCAGCAGCAGCUGCUGCUCUUUCCAAAACAGGCCAAUAUGGGUUAUGCAUCUUCGAUGCAGUUAGCAAGUAACGGUGAGAAUGGGAAUGUGGGUUUGAGGAGUUCAGUUAUGGGUAUUGGAGAUCCUACGAUGAGUAAUGGUUUCACACAAGGUGGAGGGGGGAUGGGUAUGAUUGGUUUAGGAACGGGAGGGGUCACAGUUGCGGUGGAGUCUCCCAGUCAGCUGUCUUCAGAUGGGCUUGGGAAGAGUAAUGGAGAUACAUCCUCAUUAUCUCCAGUUCCAUAUGUGUUUAAUGGUAUUAAAGGAAAGAAAUGUAGUGGUGCUGUGGAGAAGGUCGUGGAAAGGAGACAGAGGCGAAUGAUAAAGAACAGAGAAUCAGCUGCGAGAUCACGUGCUCGUAAGCAGGCUUAUACCAUGGAACUGGAAGCUGAAGUAGCAAAACUUAAAGAGGAGAACAAAGAAUUGCAGAAGAAGCAAGCCGAGAUUUUGGAGAUGCAGAAAAAUCAGGUGCUGGAGACGAAUGAUCAGCAGCACGGACCUAAGAGGCGAUGCUUGAGAAGGACACAGACAGGGCCUUGGUAGAGCAUUAGACUGAGAAGGACACGAGCAUUAGAUUGGAUAGUGAAAGGGUAAUUGGAUCGUAGUUAUCUUACUGCAAAGGCUUUGCUGUACAUAUAAUGUGAAACAUGGCCUGUGUGCUGUAAAUUAAGGUUUGGUAAUGGGGUGUUAUCUUGUAUAUUAAAUUUCCCAUUCUUUGAUCUCUAUCUUUUUUUCUUUGGAUCUUCUUCCCAUGUUUUCCACAUAAUCUGAGAUGUAGUGCAGCUAGACUGUUUUCCAAACAUAAGAUAUCACCUAUCAUCAUCAGGUAGUUUCUCUUC